UGGGUCUUAAUGAAAGACUGUACAAUAGUAUUCCGUUGUAAAAUUUCAGUCUGACGGAAGCAGGCACCGUUUUGCUCAAAAUGUAACAUUGAAUAUAUGAGAGUUGAGAGCCAAAAGUACGAUACAAACUUAUAGUUCCCACCCAUGACUACGGAAUAGACAGGGAUUAGUGACGUCAGCACGCAGUUCCCCACAAUGCUCCUUCACUCCCACAAUUCCUUGGAACUACCGCAAAGCGAGAAAAUGUUUUAUACAGACAAGGGCUUGAUGCUUAUUAAAGUAGCAAGAUAUUCUGCCCUACUUGGAGUAAUUAAUGGACAGGAAAGAUAAUGGCCCUUGAGGAAGAGAAGGUAGCAGCAAUAUCGAAAGAUUGUAACGGAUUGGAAAAUGACAAAGGAAUGGUUUGUUUUACAACCCGCCGACGUUCUUCUCCACGAAAUCUAGGGAACUUAUCAGCUGGCUCUUACAAGUCUUUAAUGGUUCAGAAUUUACGACUGGAAGAGCAACAAAAGGCUAAGGAGGAAAAGAGGUUGCGGGAACAGGAGAAGAAGGAUGCAAAAGAAGCUAUUCAAAAAGAAAUUGAAAUAUGGGAGAAAAACCUCCUUGCCCAGACUGAACAUACUCGGAUGGAAACUAUGUGGGAAAUCCCAGCUAUUGGUCAUUUCCUUUGCUUGGCACAGUGUAUUCUCAAUUUACCCGAAGUAAUAUUCUAUGAACUAGAACGCUGUUUAUUGAUGCCUCAGUGUAGCACUUUUUUAGCGAAAAUAAUGACAUCAUUGUUGAGUCUACCACAUCGCAGAGCAACUUUACAUCGGAGGCCCACACUUUCUUACAAAGAAUGGGAAGCUGCACUGAGGCGAAAAGUACUUGAGUGGUACACUGUUGUUGGGCAAGCUGAGAACCCUGAUAACUGCGCCGAACAACUUGGGCUUUGUCAUCAGUUUUUUCAAGUCCUUGGUGAAAGCAGUCCUCUGGAGGAGAAACCAUUUCAUGAGUUGUCAUUUUAUCAGAAAACAUGGCUUUUGAAAGGACUCUGUGACUUUGUGUAUGAAACACAAAAGGAAGUGCAAGAUGCUGUUUUGGGACAACCAAUUCAUGAGUGCAGAGAAGUGAUUCUGGGGUAUGAUUCACAAGAGAAUGCUUUCAUACAUUUUCCACAGUUCUGCGGUGCAGACAUAAGAAUUUAUAAACAGAGACCUCUUCAGGCACCAAAGUUUCCAAUUCCAUCUAUAAAAAUCAAAAGCGUACCAGUGGUAAAAUUAGAAAAGGUGGAGCUGGAUUGCUCAGAACAAUACAGAGAAUACCGAAGUAAUGUGGAUGAUGGCUUACCUGUUAAGAGUUUAGUUAGCAUUCCCAAGCAGGAAGACUGCAUGUCUAGUUGUGCUUCUGUAAAAGAGGAAGUCGGUUGCCAUGCUGUUCCAUUGGUAAAGAAAAACUGUGACAUAUCCAGCUAUGAGGCCAGUGAUGCAAAGGAAGUGGUUGCAGGUCCUUGCAAGGAAAACUGUAAUACAUUUUCUAAUCCUUUGAAUACUUUGGGAUAUGAAGAGCCUCUUAGUCCAGGGAAAGUUGGAGUCGUGGGAAAUGGGGACAAGAACAGUGAAUUUUCCUCAGUUAAAGUGGAAGAAAGCCGCCUGAAUGAAAAUGCACUGAAAACGUGUAAAGCACACUUGACUGACAGUCACAGUGACCAGGUGGCUAUUAAUUGUCACAGAACUUCAAAGGGUAAUACUAUAAGCACUUCACUGAUGAACCAAAAACAAAGUUUUUUUAAGAUGCACAUGAAGAAGAAGAAAAAGAAAAAGAAAAUUAAAGAUGUACUGAACAAGGGCUUUCAGACAAGACCUGAUGGUCUUCGUCCAAACCCAUCCAAGUCUUCUAAACCUGAUAUUCUUAGGUUGAACAUCAAAAAGAAGUUGAAGCACAAGAAACACAAAUCAGGAAAGAAAUCUGUUAAUAAAAAGGCAAAUUUAAAGAAGAAAAAUACUUACCCAAGACCAUCUGCUGAGCCACAGUUUCAGCUUGUUUGCACUAAUCUUGAAGAACUCAGGAAACUGAUCUUAAAAACUGAGGAAGAAUUAAAAGAUCUGGAGCGUAAUAGAAAAAAAUCUGGAAAAUGGUACAAUCGCAGAAAAGCAGUAAAGGAAUUGCACAGUACUCUGAGAAGGCUGCUGAAUGAACUUCUGCCUUGGGAACCAAAGCUUAUUAAAGCUUUCCAAAGAAACAGAGCUCGUUUGAAGAAAGAUUAUGAUGAUUUCGUAAGUCAGCUUGAUCAUGACAAGUUUGACAGAAUUGGGUUCGCAAGUGAGGAGAAUGAUGGAGAAACUGAUAGAGAUUUUCCUAAAAUUGAAACACACAAACUGCCAGACUUAAAUGAGGAAAUGCCUCAAAAAGAUCAUCAGGAAUCAGGUAAUACAACACUAUCAGAGAUGGACCGCCCUGUAGAAAACAUGAAGCUACUGAAAAGGGAUGUCCUAUCAAAUGAAGUUCAGAAGACUUUCCCUAAGCAUUUUAAACGGUCACUGAAGCAAAGCAGUUGCACAGAUGAGUGUCUUGAGGAAUACGCAGAGAGGAAAAAAAUCAAGCUGUCUAUAGAUGGAAUCACAGACCAGGACACAACUGGCACAUUAUUUGGACCACACUCAGAAAAUUGGCAAUCUGAAUCAAAAACAGAACUUUCAUCUGAAUCAGCUAUUGAUCUCAGCUCUUCAGCACUCUGUGCAGCAUUUGUGAAAGGAACCAAGCCUGCUAUUCAAGCUUUGCUUGCAAAGAAUGACGGGAACAAAGUGACUCUAACAAGUCAUCAACUCUUGUCUUUGGAACGUGAUUCUGAAAAGCAGUCAGUAGCUGUUUCACAUUCAAAACCAACAAGUGUAUUUUGUCAUGCUGCAACAAAUACACCUGUGCAGAUGCUUUGUAAAAUGCCAGUUGGCUCCCGUGUGCCAGUUAGUCCAAGUGACAGUCCAUUUAAAAUUCAAGUCCAGCCCAUCACUGACUCUAACACUGGAGAAAAGGUCAUGCAACAGGUUGUCUUUCUUCCCCCAAAAUUUAUUAUCCAACACAAGGAAGCCAAAUCUGAAAGUGACUGUCAGUCGGAUACAUCUACUUCUACUUUUAACAGUCCAACUGAAGUAAGCAUACCUUCUUCUGUUGCUGUUCAGAUAUCUCCAUUUGCUAACACAGCAACUUCAUUGUCUAGCUCACCAGUGACUAAAAACAUUUCUUCAUCAAGUAAAGCAACAUCGCUGAAAUUGCCGUCCUCAGCAGCAAGUCUGUCACUUCCCACGGUCAAGGUGGCACAGUGUGAAACCGCCAUCAUGAGAACUGGAGUUCCAAAUCCUACAGCUGUGGUAAGUGCGCCAGCAAACUUUACUGCAGCAGAUCAGUCCACAUCUGCCCUACAGACAGAUCAUUUAGCAUCUCUCCCGCCUUUGCCAUCAGUUUUGACACUAUCUAAAUCUGCUGGUACCGCUGUUUCUGUUGCAAAGACAAAACCACAGCAGGCUGAAGAAUUCUCGGAAACUAAACAGGAACUAAAGACUAUAUGUAUAAGGGAUUCUCAGUCCAUUCUUGUUAGAACCAGAGGUGGAAAUACAGGUGUAGUAAAAGUACAAACAAACCCAGACCAAAAUUUGCCAAAUAGUUUAACUCCAAAUCCAGUGUUCACUUUUACUCCUCAGUUUCAAACGUUCUUGGUGUCAAAGUCUGCAGCAGUAUCUUCUACUUUGUCAACAACCACUGCAACCAGAACUUCUGUCAUUGGUCAUUCUCCCCUUCCUCACUUUGUCAAAAGUCCUGCUUCAGUUUCAAUCCCAGUCAUUUCUGGUAAUUUAAAUAGAUCUGUGGAGAAAAUUCGGCAGACAUCUGUAACCCACGCUGCAGGUAUCGGUGGAUCUGGGCAGCCAUCGAACCGAUCUACUCCAGUAUUUUUUUCCUCACCCACAUCUUCCAGCUCAUAUCUUUCAGUGCCUACAAGCAGCUCUAUAAAUGUAAUUAACAUGGCAGCUGGUUCUGUUUGUGCUGUAUCUUCUGGAAGUGCAGGCCCAACUAACAUGGUGGUAAACCAGAAUUCAUCAGUGCAGUCUGAAUCUAAAAGAAAAAAACUGUUUGUUACUCAGUCUGAAUCUGCUUUGCCAGCAGCUGGAAGUCUGGAACUGGGGACAUCAGUUCCGAAGGUCAUGUUGGCCACAGCUUCAUCUGUUGUUCCUUCCUCUAGUUCAGCCAAGGGUAGCAUGGCGGCAGGUUCUUCAGCUGCAUCUCUUCCUCCUCAAAAGUUAAUGUUCUUCAACCCUCCAGUUACAGCAGCAGCCUCUAGUAUUGUUGCAGAGUCACUAAAGCAAGCAUUGCCUUUUUCAAUAGGUAAAACAUAUUUGAGAACUACAGAACAAAAGCAGAUGCUGUUGAUCCCUCACAGUAUGGGGGCUCCAGUUAUUGCUAAUUCAUCAUCGACUAUUUCUCAGGUGAAAGAAGUGAAAAUUGGUUUGAAUAUAGGUCAGGCUAUUGUUAACACGGGGAGUGGUAUUCAGAAGGUUCAACAAAUUCACAUGCUGCCAAACCUGCCUGGUAAAGUAAAAGCCCCACUGACUUCUGUUCCUUUACCAGCAGCAACAGCUGUCAGUUUCUCUUCUUCAUCUGAAAACCAAAAUAAAGUAGCAUGUAGCAACUCUGGAGCUUCUGGUUAUACUGUUAAAUCAAACGUGUCUUUAGGUUCAGGUACAUUAAAGUCUAGGUUUGCAUCUACAGUUAAUGAGCCUGCUGCAAUUGGUGAGAAUAUUACAUCGAGGAUUACAACAGCUUCAAGCAGUCCACAUACUUUUUCAGGCACUGGAAACACUGUUGCAUUGUCUACAGUAAAAACAGGUCAUCUUGCAUCCUCUGUAUUAAUUUCAACCACCCAGCCAGCACUGUCUUUGCCACAGCUUCCAGUGCCAACUACAGCUAUUUUGUCUGCUGCUACAGUCACUGCCUCCACCACACAGACUUCAGUAACAUUUCCAUGUGCUGGUCAAAAUUUACCUCUUUUGAAAGGACAACCUCAGACCUUGCCACUUACUAAGUCUUCAGAAAAUACAACAUGCAUUAGUAAAUCUCACAUUUUGCCAACUUCUUGCCUUUCCACCUCUUCGUCUGUAAUACCAGCCGUUGCAUUAAUGAAGCAGUCUACUUCAGCAAAGCCUGUGCAAGUUGAUGGCACAUUUACAAGUGUUUCUUCCACAGUACAGGUUGGUACAGCUCCAACAACUUUAGCAAGUCAGGGAGGGGUACGUUUAUCGGAACCUAACUUACAGCAAAAAAUAGUCCUUAACACAAGCACUAGAUUGGCUCCUGGUACCCAUAUCAUGAUUAAUAAUACAAGAUUUGUGGUUCCAACUCCAGGACUUGGGGCUGGUAGCCACAUUUUGUUCAUUUCUAACAGUGCAAAGCAAGGAACUUCUGCGGUUGUCAAUAGUCAGCAAAUCCAGAAGAAUAUACCUUUGGGCAAUGAUGUUUUAAGUGUGGAGAAUUUGAAACAGUCUUUGAAAAGCACCACUCAAGUUGUGAACUCUGUCAGCAAUGCACAUACUGUGCCUAUUCCUGCAUUAGUACCACAAGUAAAUAAUUUUGUCAUUAAAACGCCAGUCUCACUUGCCACUGCCACUGUAACAGCAGCUUCCAUGUUCAAUUCCCAGCAAACAUUUUCAUCCCAGACAAUUCAGACUCCAUUCAUACAAUGCACUAAGUCUCAGUUGCCAGUUAGUUCUUCCUCAUUUCCGUCAGACACUACCAUUGAGAAGCUGUUGGUCAGUCCAGAAGGAGCUAUUUUGAACUCUCUCAGUACUGCAGCAGUCACAUCAGCCUCACUGUCAUCAGUGCUAUCUCCUGCUGUGGCACCCUCCGUUGUAAGCAGUAACACCGUCUUCCCUUCUGUUCAAGUUCCUUUACCUGCUAAGUGUGACACAAAAACAUACACAGAGUAAAACAGCCAAACGGAUGAGCUGUUUCAAUUCCUUAGGGCAUUUUUUUUUACACAGUGAAAAUAAUCUUUGUACUUUAUUUAAGGAUUUUCUUCUAGCAUUUCAAAGUUUCAAAAAAUGGUGUUUGAAGUAGAUUGCUAUUACAGUUACAGUUUUUCUAAACAUUACAGUAGCCAGACUUAUAACUCACUUUUGUCAUGUGUCUUCUUGAGUUAUACUUGUAGAAUGAUGUUUUUAAAUGUUUUUAUAUUUAACUAGUCUGAUCUAAAUUUGUUUGAACUACAAGGCAGGUUUGAUCUUAAAUCUUUGGGGGGGGGAACAUUUAAUUUAGCAUUUUGCACACUUAUUUCUUCUAAUCUGUAUGCAUCUAAAAUGCAUACUUUAUGUUAUGUUUAUAAAGUUGUUCAAUAUGUUGUCGCUGUAAAAAAAAGUGUAUUUAUAAAUUAUAAAUGUUAAGUUCUAAUGUAAACUUGUAAAUAUUUCUGAACUCUAACAAACUUAAGUAUGUGUACAGAGGACUAUGUUGUCUUAUUUAUGUUUUUGUUUACAUACUGUAUAGAUUUUUAAAUAUUUUAGUAAAUUUGGACCAUUGAACUGUUUAGAAAUGAUGCAGAAGAAUCUGCAUGUAAUAAAAUACGUGAUUCAUUUACUUGAAAAGUAUUUCAGAUUCUGCCUUGUCUUACAGUUGUCUUCAGUAACUGUCUGCAUUGUCAGUAAAUAGUGUUUAAUGCACUGAUAUGGAUAACUUGUAUUUGUUUCACAACUGUGAUUUAGCUUUCAUUUGACAUGAGAAAAAAUAUACCAUGAGCAUAAAUAUA